GAUGGGGCCACGUGGUGUGUGACGAAGAAGGUGGGCGGGAGCUUCUCGAGGGAAAGGUGAUUGUUUGCUGUUGUUUUCGUGGUGGGGAAAUCACGAUGGUGAUAGCGAACCGGAACGAUGUGACGGAGCGGACGGAGUCGGAAGACUACGUCCUGAUUGAAGAUUGCCUUCCUCCUCUGCAGUACUCUCCAGCAAAGCGUAUAUCACCUGCGAAACGCAAGCAGUACUACAUCAAUCAAGCAAUCCGUAACUCUGAUCUUAUUCCCAAGGCAAAAGGCAGAAAAAGUCUGAGAAGACUUGAGAACACUCAUUAUCUGAUGAACCUUGUGGAGAGAGAAGACUGCAUCAAGGAUGGAGAUGAGGCAGACCCAGCUUCCCCAACGAUCUUCACAGAAGCUUGUUGCAAUGAUGACUAUAUUGAGAUCUGGAAUGAUUUUAUGAACCGUUCUGGUGAAGAGCAAGAGAAGUUUUUACAUUAUCUGGAGGAAGAGGCGAAGAAGAAGAGCAAAAGGAAAGUGUGCUCAAAUUCCCAGGAUACAAAAGGAGAGCACUCUGGCUGCACAGGAAAGGAGUGUUUUCAGAGGAUUGACCGAAGAUUGCGUAUUACUCUAAGACGACGUCAGAUCCCUAUGGGCACCCUAGAAUUUUUGGAAGAGGAGUUGACUGGAUUCUUUGCCAUAAAACCACAAUCUGUGUACAAGGCAAUGUUGGAAAACAGCUAUGAGAGGCUGUUGCUUCAUGCUCUGUGUCAGUAUCUGGAUCUCAUCUCGCAAAGUUUUGACUGCAAUGGAAAAAGACAGACUGAAGUAAGCAACAAAGGCACAGAUUUUCUGCCCCCAGUACCCCUUUUAUCUGUCUACCUGGAACAGCAGAGUUGAUUGGUAUGAAAUCUGUCCCUCCCUAGCUAAUCUUUAAAUGUUGGAUGAACAUAAUCAGCUGCAGCCAAAAGAUUCAUUCAUAUAAAACAUUCUCCCUGCUGCGCAGUCACCUGAGUUCCUCCAGCAUCAUAGUGUUUUUCAACUUAAAACACCGUGAUUUCUGAAUAAAAAGUUAAUUAUUUUGUGCUUUAAACCAUAAAUACUUUUACACUUUUUGAAGAUUCAAAAAAAAAUUCCCCUCAACUUUCUUUUAAUGCUUUCUAGAGCACUCAGAAUUGAAAUUUGUUUUCUUGCAGGUAUAUAUGUGAUAUGAUUGUACAAUUGACUAUUAUGAUUUGAUAGUAUAUAUUACAAUUUUUGUUACCCAUCCAGUUUUCACCAUUGCCUCUUAUCAAAGUUGCCUCAUAUUGAUUACUCCUCUUGCCCAACAUGUGUGCCUGUAAAAUUCCACAUAUAAUUGUUAAGCCCUGGCUUGCAAUAAGCUAACAUUGCACAGACCAGGGAUGCAAACUGGUGUUAGUUAUGGAAUUGCAGCAUGUGGUGUUUUGUUUCUAGGACAUAAGGUUGCUGGAAAAUUUGUUUUAAUAUGUUUUUAAAACAAAUUUAGCUAAAGUUACAAAUAAUUAGGCAUUGUGGAAAAUAAAUUGACAUUGUAGGAUUUGAUCUCUGAAAGAUUUGUUUUUAAACUUUUACUUGUGAAAGAUCUUUUGGUUUUGUGUGCACCUUUAAAGAAAAAAGCUUGGAGUUAGAUAGUAUUAUGUUGAUGGUAUUUUGUGAAUUGUGCUGUUAUGGACAUUGUUACUUGUUUUGGAAUACUUGCUUCAGUUUACCACGGUGUGAGCUUAGUCACCAAUGGUUUUAAUUUUUAAAAGGAGAUACUAUGUUUUAUUUUAUGGAGUGUGUGCUGUUUAAUAAAGUUUCAAAACAAUAGGCAAAUCUUCAGUUGGAUAUCAAUCUGUGAGCCAUUUUCAUUGUGCGGUAUUUUACUAUUUCAUCAUUUUUUUCAGCUGAAAUAAAUAUGUUUGAGUCAU